AUGUGGACAAAGAUUUUCCUUGUUACAGUAAUCUCCGUGAAUGUGGCCGCGGCUUCUAAGCAGUUUGUUGGGGUCCGAGGCCAAGUAAUUUGUGAGAAUCGGCCUUAUAAAGGAGCUAAAGUAAAGUUGUUUGAUGAUGACAAAGGUAAUGGAUUUGUUUGGACCCUGACGUUCUUCCCAUUCCCCUUGAAUGUCAUUCUUUCAGGUCUGGAUACGGAUGAUUUGCUGGCCGAGGGAUGGUCUGGAGUGGAUGGGAGUUUCUCAAUCUCGGGAUCCGAGAAUGAGUUCACAACAAUCGAUCCUAAAGUGAACUUUUACCACGAUUGCAAUGAUCUGUUGGUAAGAAAUGCCAGAUAUUCGCGAAAAGAAUUAUAAGUUCCCGGAUUCCCCAGGAACAACUCCAAAAAAUCCCGCCGAACACAUCAAAAAGAUGAUUCGGAACUCAAGUGUACCUUGAACUGGGAACAGGUAUUCCAACAGCAAUGGCUUAACUCCGGCCUUCUCUAUUUUGUUUGUCGGAAAGGAAACGGGUUCCUUUUUGAACGAGAGAGCGUUUUUUCUCGUUUCUUUUCCCUCCAAAUGAUAAACUGCGAGGAAAAAAGCUUCACUUUGCAUUGUGCAAGUUCUUCGUGCAAUAGGCCUUUUGGGCUGUCGCUAACACCGGCGUUUUUACACAAAGCAAGCGCCAAAGAUCACCGCAGCAAUCAAGGAGAAUAGUACACGCCAUGUUUAUGUUUACAGUCCCAAUAGUAAACACCAUGUUUAUGUUUAAAAAUUUAUGUUUAAAAAUUCAAUACAGUUCAUUUGUUUUCAGCCCUGUCAACGCAAAUUCACCAUCUUCAUUCCGAAGGACUACGUGACCGAAGAAGGGGAGCCGAUCAAAUUCUUUGAUGUCGGUGUCCUUAAUCUUGAUGGGGAAUACCCGGAAGAGGGCAGAGAUUGUGUUCAUUAA